AUGGCGACACUUUGGUUCCGCCUCCGGACUUGCUCGAAUAGCAUGCUGGGAAUUGUAGUGCACAGUGGAAGCAAUGCGGUGCCAAGGGCGGAGACGGAGGCCGUACUGGUGGGGCAGGAAGAGGCCAGGCUCCCGCCAGGGGCACGGAGGCUCCGCCCCCUCCGUCACUUCCGUAAACAAAAGGAGUUGUGGCGGCGCUGGGUCCGGGAUGUGACCCCGGCUCUAGCUGCAGCAGUAGCGUCGGCGGCUGCAGCUGCGGCACUGGCUUCGGAGACUCCGGGGUCUUUGCAGGUUGAGGAAGAGAACCCCCAUCCUCUCCUUCCUCAGGUCAUAAGAAGCUGGCCUUGGUGCAAUAAGGAACUUAGAACAAUGGAGGAGCGGAAAGUGAAGAGGAGGAGUCCUAAGUCUUUUAGUGCCCACUCUACUCAGAUUGCUAGUGCCAAAAAAAAUGCCAUUCCAGUUAGUAAAAGCACAGGGUUUUCAAAUCCUGCAUCACAGUCAACUUCACAACGACCAAAGUUAAAAAGAGUGAUGAAAGAAAAGACCAGACCUCAGGGUGGAGAAGGAAAAGGUGCACAGCCUGCUCCCAUUCAGCACUCUUUUCUCACCGAUGUCUCAGAUGUUCAAGAAAUGGAGAGAGGGCUUCUCAGCCUUUUGAAUGAUUUCCACUCUGGAAAACUUCAAGCAUUCGGAAAUGAAUGUUCCAUCGAACAGAUGGAGCAUGUUCGGGGAAUGCAGGAGAAAUUAGCUCGCUUGAAUUUGGAGCUCUAUGGGGAGUUAGAGGAACUUCCUGAGGAUAAAAGAAAAACAGCCAGUGACUCCAAUCUAGACAGGCUUCUGUCUGAUUUAGAAGAACUGAAUUCUUCCAUACAAAAACUACAUUUGGCAGAUGCACAAGAUGUCCCAAAUACUUCUUCUACCAGCUAAAAUGACAUGUGGUUGCUUUCUUGUGGUUUGAAGAAAAACAGCAUUUUUUACUUUUCCAGCUGAAUCCAGUAGCAGAAUCAUCUUCCACAACAAGGAAUAAAGUCAUUAAAGUGCCAGUGCAAUGAUUGUUUUCACUACUGCUUUUAGUAAAUUUGACUUGCUGUUAUUCGCCAUAACCGGAGCCUCGGCCUUGUUGAAGGCUUAAUCAGGAAAUAUGAUACAGAGGCUGUGCUGCUAUGCUUUCUAUUGUUGCCUUAUGGGGGUAAUACUUGAAAUGCAGUGCGCAAAAUGUUAUUAAUAGGGCUGAAGGUUUAUCCUUCCUGAGCUCACCAAACUUAGUCCCGUGUUGAUUAUAAGUUGAUGAUGCACAGGCUUUUUGUGGCAGCCCUGCUUCAGUUUACGUUAGACAAUCAGUACACACACUGGUGUGUUUUCCAGUGGCCAGUGCCAACAAAAUGUUAAAUGAGUAUUUGUGAGAUUUGCUAUUUUUAAUAAAGUGAUCAUUUUAAAUUA